CUUGCUCUCUCUCUGAUCCCAUUCCGCAACAACAACUCACAUUCCCUCAUGCAUAAUUUCCAUCUCCUCCAAAAGGGUUAGGGUUUCUCAUUUUCCUUCUUCCUCAUCUCAAAUUCCUCUCUCCCCAUCCAAAUUUAUUUUGGGCCUUUUUCCUUUUGGUGCGUAUUUUACAGAUUUUUACUCUUUGCAUUCAUGGAAGUUUCUAGAUAUUCAUUUUUCCUUAAACAAAUGCAUGAUUGAAGCAGAAAAUUGUAUUGAUUGGAGGAGGAGGAGAAAAUUGGAAGAGUGCGUGUUUGGGUGAGUUUUCUAUCAAUCAAGGUCCUCAGGUGAAUGAUCUGAGGGUUUCAUUUUUGAGGUGAGUCAAGGGUAAUUGAAGAUGAGCGCUUCUAAGUUCAUCAAGUGUGUCACUGUUGGGGAUGGAGCUGUGGGCAAAACUUGUUUGCUAAUCUCCUACACCAGCAACACCUUCCCCACUGAUUAUGUGCCAACUGUUUUCGACAAUUUCAGCGCAAAUGUGGUUGUGAAUGGAGCCACUGUUAAUCUAGGAUUAUGGGACACUGCCGGUCAAGAGGAUUAUAAUAGAUUACGACCUUUGAGUUAUCGUGGUGCUGAUGUUUUCAUAUUAGCUUUCUCUCUCAUAAGCAAGGCCAGUUAUGAAAAUGUUUCCAAGAAGGUACUUUUUCCACUAUAG